UAGCGUUGCCGUAUCGCAGCCAUGCGCUUGCCCAUUCGAAUUAAACAAUCAAUUUCGGGUCAAUUUAAGUAUUUUGCCUCCUAAAUGGAUGAUCCAUCCGCCACGCUUUUGCCCGGAGAACCGAAAGAUUUGCUGGCGGCGCGAGAUGCGGAGCUGAAGAAGGUGCUCAAGCUGAAGCUAGUGCUGGACGAGCUGCGACGCCUGGAUGUGGGGCCAAAUCCGAGUACGGAAAUCAAAAGAGCCCUCAAAUUGGUUUCCAUUGGAAGCUAUGGGCGACUUGGCGAGAUCGAGGGAGCUGGUCAGGAGCAAGUGCUUGGUCUUCAGAGUGGCAGUAGUGUUCCGCCUUUGAAUUACACGGAUCGCAAGACGGUGCGCAACAAAUUAUCCGCUCAACUACGUGCAACUUUGCAACCCAUUGCCGAAUUGUGUGACAGAAUACGCGACGAGUUUCCAGAUGCCUUUAGCCAGGAGGCGGAUUUAAGUGGAGAACAAAAAGAGAUUCUGCGCCUGGAGGAAGAGCAUCGCAGCAGUCUGGAGAAAUUGGUUGGGCUCCUCACUCGUAAGUGCGCCCUUCUUAAGGAGACCGCCGAAUUGAAAUUGGGGCCGCAAUUGGCAAACGAACUGAAAUUGCAACAGGCGCAGGCGCAACUCGUGCAAACAAAAGCAGAAGUCCUGCGCGGUUAUUUUGUGCAUGACGCGGCCUCUCGCACAGAAAAUAGCGUUAAGGCACACAAGGAGGUGGAGGUGCACUUGAACGAGCUUCUCGCCGCCAAGAAAUAAAUUAAGCAAACUAUAACUAUGUAAAUUAGAUUUAAAUACAUUACAAUUGUAAUUUAAA